AUGGAGCGACAAAGCAACUGGUCUCAGUUGCUGCAGCUCCUCACCACCGCUAGAAGCUUCAGGAUAGUCGGGCCAAGCUCUGAGCCGGCCAUCCAGCGAGGGCCCAGCACAGAGUGGUGCAACGGUCUCCGUUCGGUCCGCAGUUCCCUUCUGCGCAAGGCCAAGGCCACAGCAGAUCUGGAUCCUCCUCGAGCCACUAGCCAGAUCCCCACCCCUAGUACUAGCAGGGGGAAGAAGAAGCAGGCCCCAUUUCACAGGCCCCAGGUUGAGAAGGAGGAGAUCCCCACACCGGACCUCUUCCUGGAGGUUCUGAAGUCACAGUGGACCAAACUGGGUUCCUUCCCCACUCCUGGGACUAAUGAUCAUAGAUUCUACAACCUAAAUGCAUCUUUUAACCAAGCAUUGCAGGUGCCUUCCGUGGACGCUCCAGUGGCAGCUUUGGCCUCCGCUUCCUCCAUAGUAACAGGAGACAUCUCCAGCUGUCUUAAGGCAGAGGACAGGAGAGCGGAACUGGUCUUGCGUAAGACCUUCCAGGGCGUCCCGUGGGCCAUCAAGGCGGCGGCGACCGCAUCCUCCUUCAAUAGGUCCACCACCUUGUGGCUGGAGCAGAUCCGGGACAGGACCCCUGCUUCAGAUGUAAGACUCCAACAGGACAUCACAAAGCUGCUGGCAGCGACCCAGUUCUCAACCGAUGCAACACUGGAUGUGUUGGCAGCCUUGACCCAUUUAACUCUCCGGUGGUUUAAAAAUGCUGUUCCUCCCAGAGGACAUUAUCUUGUGCAUUGUCAAUUUGGGGUUCUAAUCAUCGUCGGCUCUCUUUUCCCUGAACCGCAGAAUGGAAUCGUUCCUAUUGUGGAACCAGAAAUCCUUCCCGAUGGUGACCAUGAUCUCAAACGCUGCCAGUAUGUGACAGAGAAGGUUCUGGCUGCUGUGUACAAGGCCUUAAGUGACCAUCAUAUCUACCUGGAGGGGACCCUGCUGAAACCAAACAUGGUGACACCCGGCCAUGCCUGUACCAGCAAGUACGCAGCUGAGGAAAUUGCUUUUGCCACUGUGACUGCCCUACGCCGCACCGUCCCUCCAGCAGUGCCUGGAGUCACCUUCCUGUCUGGAGGUCAGAGUGAAGAAGAGGCUUCCAUCAAUUUGAAUGCCAUCAAUAAGUGUCCUCUGCACAAGCCAUGGGCCUUGACCUUCUCUUAUGGCCGUGCCCUGCAAGCUUCUGCCCUCAAGGCCUGGGGUGGGAAGAAAGAAAACAUGAAGAAUGCUCAGGAGGAAUACGUCAAGCGUGCUUUGGCCAACAGCCUUGCCUGCCAGGGCAAAUAUGUUUCAUCUGGCCAAACGGGAGCAGCUGCCGCCGAGUCUCUCUUCGUCUCCAACCAUGCUUAUUAAAAAUCAGAGGCUUGGUUACGUUGUCUGCUCUCUUGUUGCUAUAUUGUGCCUGGGCUACUGUGAUGUCUGCUGACUGUUUUUUAACCUAUUCCCCUUCUCCCCUCACCCUCCCCUGCCCCCUUUGCCAGCUUCUCUUGUAAGAGAAAGAUGUAAAUCUUUGUCUUGAAGUGAAAAACCUAGAAGUUCUGGUGUAUUCUCUUCUCUCACGCAUCCCCAUCUUUGUAUGUGAAACCCAGCUUCUUCUGGUGAACGACACUCCCGGUCUGCGGCCAAAACAUCAAAAUGUCUCCGGAGCAGGGACGCCUGACUUGCAGACCUCUUGAAAUAAAAGUCUAUUUAAACAUUG